AGUCAAUUUUCUCAUUCCCAUCAUUUGAAUCAGUUCCUCCAAUACAGGAAUCUCUCUCUCUGUGUUUUCUGCAAAAGUUUUUUUUCUUCUUCUGGUUUUUCAUUCAAAUCAUGGCGGCUGUAAUGAGGGCCUCUGUAUUUGUGUCAUGGGUGCUGUUCAGUUCUUAUUUCAUUGCUUCAGCCAUGGCAGGAGUUAGUUUCUCUACCCUGCCCAGAACCCUGGUGCUCACAUCAGCCAUCAGUAGCCAGGAUUCAUCAGCUUCCAACGUUGCUAGGGCAGGGGAAGAUGACCUGGUGGUCACAUGGAGGCUGAACGAGUCCUUGGCAGGAGGGGAGGUGGAUUCAAAGUACAAGAGUGUGAUAGUGAAGCUGUGCUUUGCCCCUGUGAGUCAAGUUGAGAGAGGGUGGAGGAAAACAAACGAUGACCUUAAGAAGGACAAGACCUGCCAAUUCAAGAUCACAGAGCAGCCCUACUCUUCUACUUCUAACAACACGGUCACAUGGACAGUAGAGAAAGAUGUGCCGGGGGCUGUUUACUUUGUGAGGGCUUAUGCACUGGAUGUGUCUGGAUCUCAGCUGGCUUAUGGUCAAACCACCAAUAAAAACAAGACCACCAAUUUGUUUGUGGUGGAGCCAAUCUCCGGGAGACAUGUGUCCCUGGACAUUGCCGCCGGCUUGUUCUCUGCCUUCUCUGUUGUCUCACUCUUUGGUUUCUUUGCUGUGGAAAAACUGAGAGCCAAGAAAUGAUGGAGAUAUGCCGUAAUAAGGCUUCUUCGUUUGUAUUUGCAGUAGUAUAAGUCUUUUUAAGUUUGUUUGUUGAAGGCUAUAAAAUACAAUAUGGUUGGAUAGAAAUGUAUUCUAUAGGUUUGUUUUAUGAUCUAUGUAUGUAAUCUGAUUUGUUUUAUUCAAUUAAAGUUAAAGUUUUAUUAUAAGAAAAA